CCCCGCUCGUAUCAUGUGACCGCGGAAACCUGGAGGCCUGUGGCUGGGAGGGCGAAAUCUGCCGCGGGGUCGGGGCCGACACACGUCGGGCGGGAUGGAGGCGACGCUGGAGCAGCACUUGGAGGACACAAUGAAGAAUCCUUCCAUUGUUGGAGUCCUGUGCACAGACUCUCAAGGACUUAAUUUGGGCUGUCGUGGGACCCUGUCAGACGAGCAUGCUGGGGUGAUAUCUGUUCUAGCUCAGCAAGCAGCUAAGCUAACUUCAGACCCCACUGACGUUCCUGUGGUGUGCCUAGAAUCAGAUAAUGGGAACAUUAUGAUCCAGAAACACGAUGGCAUCACAGUGGCAGUGCACAAAAUGGCCUCUUGACAACCCAAGUCGUGCGCGCAGCAGCCUGCCACGGCCCUAGAGCCCACCCGUCUAUCACCUUACACGAGUCUUCAAGUUAGGCCAUUUAUUUAAUGUGCAUUGGGCACUUCUAAUUUUAGAGUAAACUGCCUUUUGACACUCUGUAAACUAUAUAAAAUGUUAGUGUGAAGUAUCAGUAUGAAAGGAUGUUCCAAAACAGGAGGUCUGGGUUACUUUGUAUAUAGAAUUGUUAUGUUUAAUAAAUUUCACCUGAGGAAAGCUUA